GCGAUAUGCGGGAAUGUUCUUCAUCUUCUGCGUUGACAUGAAUGACAACGAGAUGGGAAUGCUGGAGCUCAUCCAUCUCUUCGUGGAAGUGUUGGAUGGGUACUUCGGCAAUGUUUGCGAACUGGACCUAGUCUUCCACUUCGACAAGGUCUACCGAAUCUUGGACGAGCUCUUGCUUGCGGGAGAAAUCUCCGAGACGUCCACGCGAAAUAUCAUCACAAUCAUGAGGAGCGUAGACAAGAUGGACUGA